UGAAUCAUUGCCAAUGUCUUAAUUCAGUCAGUAGCUAAUUUUCGGUUGAAUUGCACGAAUAUGUCAAAACUUUGGGGUGGUCGUUUUAGCUGUGAUACAAGUUCAAUUUUGGCUGAGCUAAAUUGUAGUCUUCCUGUGGAUUCCAGAUUGUUUGCUGACGAUAUUGAUGCCAGUAAAGUCUAUGCAGAGGGUCUACUUGAGGCAGGUCUCUUAACAGCCUCCGAAUGUAGUGCAAUUCAGAAAGGUCUUGAGUUAGUUCGUUACGAUUGGAUAGAGGGUUUGAUUGAGUUCAAGCCCAGUGACGAAGAUGUCCAUACCGUGAAUGAACGUAAAUUAACUGAACUUAUCGGAGAUGUUGCACAGAAGUUGCAUACGGGACGCAGUCGAAACGAUCAAGUUAUAACCGAUAUGAAGCUAUGGAUGAGGAAAGCCAUUCGGGAGACUGUACAAACAUUGGGGAAGGUUAUCGAAGCAACAGUGGGCCUGGCCGAGAAGUUUCCAGGUGUGUUGAUGCCGGGUUAUACUCAUAUGCAGAGGGCGCAACCAGUGCAUUUUGCCCAUUGGAUUCUUAGUCAUGGAUUCGCCUUAAAGGAGGAUUGUGCUCGAUUUAUGGAAUUGAAGGAACGAAUGAAUGUUUUGCCUUUGGGUAGUGGAGCAAUAGCUGGCAAUCCUUUGAAUGUGGAUCGAGUUUUCUUGCAGAAAAAGCUCGGUUUCAGUGGAGUUACUCAGAACAGCAUGCAUGCUGUGGGCGAUCGCGAUUUUGUGAUUGAUUUUAUCUACAAUGCAUCACUGGCAAGUCUUCAUAUGUCUCGCUUAGCUGAAGAUCUUAUUAUCUUUGCAUCACGGGAAUUUAAUUUUGUUCGCAUAUCGGAUGCAUUUUGUACUGGAAGCAGUCUUAUGCCACAAAAACGUAAUCCUGACAGUUUGGAAUUGGUUCGAGGAAUUUCUGGAGAAAUUUUCAGCUGUUUAACGGGAAUAAUGAUGACAGUUAAGGGAACUCCGUCAACUUACAACAAAGAUUUGCAAUUCGAUAAGAAAUAUUGUUUCACAGCUUUCGAUCAAUUGGAGAAAUCGUUAAAAGUCACUGAAGGUGUUCUUCGAAGCCUGGAAGUUAACAUCGAUCGAAUGGAAUCGUGUUUGAGUCCGGAUAUGUUGGCUACAGAUUGGGCAUACUAUUUAGUUCGUAAGGGCAUUCCAUUUCGUAAGGCACAUCAUUUGAUUGGAAAUGUGGUCGCUUUAGCUGAAAAACGCAACUUAGAACUGACUGAAGUUCCUCUCGAAGAUUUACAAUCUAUAUGUCCUCUAUUCGACAUUGAUAUUGGUAAAAUGGCAAAUUUCCAUCAAAUAGCUGAAACAUAUGAUGUUAUCGGUGGAACAAGUACGAGUUCGACACAGAAGCAAGUUAGUGUUUUGACAGAUUUUGCAUCUCAAAUAAAGAAAUUUGAAUGAACAUAUUGUGUACCUACGUUGUACUAGAAUAUACUUAAAUAAAGUUUCUUGAAGACA